AUGGCGAUCUCUAUCCCAAGUGGAUUGACACUUAAUUUGAUUUCAAGUGUAUCAGUUAUAUGUUUGGGAUCUUUACAAUUUGGCUAUCAUAUGGCAGAAUUGAAUUCCCCAGAAUUAGUACUAUCCUGUAAACGAUCACAACCUGGCCCUGUCCCAUAUAGAGAUUCUUUUUUUGGACGUAAUGGGUUUAAACAAUGUAUCCCUAUGACACCAGAUCAAAUUGGAUUGGUGACUUCUAUUUUUUCAAUUGGUGGGUUAUUCGGAUCAUUUUAUGUUGGCCAUUUGGCAGACAAAUAUGGUAGAAAGAAGACAAGUUUAUUACAUUGUUUGCUUUAUAUUAUUGGUUCAACAAUUAAUGGUUUGAGUAAUACUUACGCAAGUUUGUUGCUUGGCAGAUUCAUUUGCGGGUUGGGUGCCGGAUCAGCUUUGGUUAUUACUUCUAUCUAUAUUAACGAAGUUUCUCCAAUUGAGACAAAAGGGUUAUUGGGGUCAAUGAACCAAUUCAGUAUCAAUAUCGGGAUCUUGUUCACACAAUUGUUGUCAUUGAAUUGGUCAAAUGAUAAUGAUUGGAGAUGGCUACUUUUCAUGGCCGCAUUCAUUGCUGUUGCUAAUGUUAUUGUUGUAUCAAGCUAUUUGAAUGAGUCGCCUGUUUGGUUGGCCAACCAGGGUGACACUGCCGAAGCCUUUACCAUUUUACAUCGUUUAAGAGGAGGGAGUUAUUCUGUUGCUACUGACGAAGUCAAUAGCUGGAAACUGCAGGGCAGAGGCACAACUCCUGAAAGUGAUAUGUUACUUGAAGAAGGUAAUGGAAACGAACAUAAUUCAGGAACCGGUAGUAGUGGUGCUCCUGGUGGUAACUCGAACAAAAACUUGGUAACAGUAGUAGACUAUGUGACAUUACCUGAGUAUAGAAAUUCUUUGAUUGCAUCCACUGGUAUUUUGGUAUUGCAACAAUUUGACGGGAUCAAUUCGAUUAUUUUCUAUGGUGUAUCAGUUUUGGUUUCUAUUUUCCCCAAUCAUUCCAUUAUUAUCAAUUGCUUGAUAUCGUUAGUGAAUGUUAUUGUUACAUUUAUUUCUGCAACUAUAGUUGACAAGUUGGGCAGAAAGCCUUUAUUGUUGUUAUCAGUCUCAUUUUUAGGAAUUGCAACGGUGUUAAUGGGGUUGGGUAUUAUUUGGACAAGUUCUUUGUUAUCCAUUGCAGGAACAUUUACCUACAUUACCUUCUUUGCAAUUGGUAUGGGACCAAUUCCAUUUCUACUUGUUGGAGAAGUGACUCAACCAAUUGCCAAGGCACUGGCACAAAGUUGGGGGACAAGUAUGAACUGGAUUGCUACAUUUAUUGUUGGCUAUACUUUCCCAGUUUUAAAGGAAUGGUUAGGUGGGUCAGUCUACUUUAUUUUUACUGUAAUGUGUUGUGUCAGUGUAUGGUUUAUCAAGACUAAAGUUCCUGAGACAAAGGGUAAGCAUUCGUACCAGGAAGUCUGGAAUUAA